AUGUCGACCUCCCUCACUACACUUGUCGCACCGGCCAUGGGUAUUGCUACAGAAAAACAAUGCCCUAUGUGUUGGGGAGAAGGAUUUCUUCAAGAUGGCUCUGGCGCCCACGAUAGGAUCCAGGAGUUGGAGGGGCAGGUUCAUGCGUUGACAGCGCGCGCGUCAGCUACAGCUUCCAAACUCCGCGAAUACGAAGAUGAACAGCUCUUCACUAGGGAGACCCCCUCCCAAAUCGACCAGUCACCACAACGCCCAACAACCUCAGAUUCCCAACCCCAAACAUACCACAGCCGCCUCACCAACCUAGCCUCUCUUCUUCCCUACCGACGCGGCAGCGCAACCCCCGCAAGCGCACCUACAACAUCCAGCGGUCUCCCUAGUACCCCAACCGCGCCGACAACACCCAUCCCACACAUGUCCCCCGCGAACAGCGAGCACACCGCCGAGCUCCAGGAUGCGCUUACGCGCGAACAGAGACUGCGCAAGGCUGCCGAGUUGCAGCUUUCGCAGGCGAGUACUGAGCUAGAGGAGUUGACGGUGCAGCUUUUCAGCCAGGCGAAUGAGAUGGUUGCGGAGGAAAGGAGAGCUCGCGCGAAGCUUGAGGAGAGGGUUGCUGUGUUGGAAAGGAGGGAUGUUGAGAAGCGCAGUCGGUUAGAGAAAUUGGAGAAGGCUAUGGCGCGCGUGGAACGGCUAAGGGCAUUGGUUAAUCAUCAAUCAUGA